AUGAAAUCUCACAAAGUUGACUACGCUGCAGUUGAUUACAAACCACUUACUGGUUUUUUACCUCAAAACUUAUGCCAAAGUGGAUCUCUCCAAAACUUUUUUGCAGAUGACAACCAUCUCAUAGGUCCAAUACCAAAAACCUUGAAGACUUGCAUGAGUUUAAUUACAGUCCACCUUGAACAAAACCAACUCUUUGGGAAUUUAUCUGAAGAUUUUGGUGUUUAUAGAAACCUGCAAUACAUGGAUCUAAGUUACAAUAGAUUUUCUGGUGAAAUCUCUCAUAGUUGGAGUAGGUGCCCGCAACUAGGCAUCCUGCUGAUUGCUUGUGAUGGUAUUGGUGGUGGCAUACCACCUGAAAUUGGAAACUUCACUCAACUCCAUGUACUUGAUAUUUCUUAUAAUCGGUUGGUUGGGAAGCUACCAAAGGAAAAAGUGUUUUCAAUAUCAACUUUUGAUGGAAAAGCAAUGUACAAGGAAAUCAUUGAAGCAACACGGGGUUUUGAUGAUAUGUUUUGUAUUGGGAGGGGAAAACAUGGAACCGUGUAUAAACCAACUCUAACAUCAGGAAACACAGUGGCAGUAAAGAAACUCCAAUCCUUGUGUGAUGGUGAGAUUGUACAACAAAAAGAGUUCUUCAAUGAGAUAAAGGCAUUAACAGAAAUACACCACCGAAACAUCGUAAAAUUGCAUGGCUUUUGUUCACAAUCACAACACUCGAUUUUGAUUUAUGAGUACUUUGAAAGGGGUAGCUUGGCCACAAUUUUGAGCAGUGAUGGAGGAGCAAAGGAGUUGGACUGGAAUAAGAGGAUGAAUAUCAUCAAAGGUUUGGCUCAUGCUCUAUCUUACAUGCACCGUGAUUGCUCACCACCAAUUGUUCACAGGGACAUAUCAAGCAAAAAUGUUUUGCUGGAUUCAGAUUACGAGGCUCAUGUUUCAGACUUUGGCACAGCUAAGCUUCUUAAUCAAGACUCAUCCAAUUGGACUUCAUUUGCUGGCACACAUGGAUAUGUUGCACACAUGGAUAGUGGUGGACAAGGUGAAAGUUCCGGUGGACAAGAAGUGGUAAGUGGAGCUGCAGAUGCGGCAGGCGGGUCAGAAGGAAGCACAGGUAGUGGAGGAGGGGAGGGAAACAAUGAAGGGAUGGUUGGAGGAGGCCUAGGUCAGGGAAACGGGGACGAUGGCCACGAUGACCGUGGACGCAGGGGUGGUGGUGACGUGGAAGAUGGUAGGAGGCCAAGGAACUCGCGAGGUGCAAGAAUGGCCGAGAUAUUCAUUAUGGUGAUUGCCCAAACAGCUGCUGCAGCCAUUGGUAUCGAUUUCCUUGGCCUAUCUUCUCGGGGUAGGGGACUUCUAAUCUUUGCGUUGGGGACAAAUUUAUUUGGUUUCAUGUGUUGCGUGGCUGCUAUCUGGCAAAAUGACAUGAACCCACACGCUGCUGAAAUUUGGGCCAACAUAGGAUCUGUUGCGGGUGCUUUGGGGUUCAUAUUGAUGCUUGCUAUGGUGCUCCCACCCUAUCUUCUUUGGAUGAUCAUCAUGGCUUGUAUUGGUUUAUUGGUCAUCGUUGUGUUCUCAUUCAUGUCUUGA